AUGUGGAGAAACAUAAUUUUAGUUAUUUUCGUUCUGGCAUGUGGUUAUGUAGAAGCAAAUAAUGAUGUUUCUGAGAAAUCAACUGGGAGAAAAUUGGGACACAUUGAAAUUUUCGCUAAAAAGAUUAUGGCAUUGAUUUUGCCGCUGGUCAUGCUGACUGGAGUAUUAAUAACAAACAUUAUUGUUACGCUCAAAAUCUUAAUUAUUACUGGAAUUUUGAAUAUAAUAAUGGGAGUCAAAACUUUAUCUAUCCGAACUAAAUCAUUUGAGCGUAAUCCUAUUGCUCAGAUAAACAAAUCUCCACAUUCGGGAGCUUUGAGAAGUCCAAAUGAAUUGAUUCAACAAGCAAUUUCACGUUUUAGAGGUUCUCAACCAUCGCAAGGAUCUUCAAAUCAACCUGGACAGCAAUCAUCAACACCAUCAAAUCCUCAAAGACCAUCUGGAUUACAAUUUGAAAACCCACUCAGAGGUCCAAAUGAAUUGAUUCAACAAGCAGUUUCAAGUUUUAGAGGCUCUCAACCAUCACAAGGUUCAUCAAAUCAACCUGGACAGCAAUCAUCAAAUCCCCAAAGACCAUCUGGAUCACAAUUUGAAAACCCACUUUCAGGUCCAAAUCAAUUGAUUCAACAAGCAGUUUCACGUUUCAGAGGUUCUCAACCAUCACAAGGUUCUUCAAAUCAACCUGGACAGCAAUCAUCAAAUCCUAAGAGACCAUCUGGAUUACAAUUUGAAAACCCAUUUACAGGUCCAAAUGAAUUGAUUGAGCAAGCAGUUUCACCUUUUAGAGGUUCUCAACCAUCACAGGGUUCUUCAAAUCAACCUGGACAGCAAUCAUCAAAUCCUCAAGGACCAUCUGGAUUACAAUUUGAAAGUCCAUUUACAGUUCCAAAUGAAUUGAUUCAACAAGCAGUUUCACGUUUUACAGGUUCUCAACAAUCACAAGGUUCUUCAAAUCAACCUGAACAGCAAUCAAAAACAUCAUCAAAUACCCAGAGACCAUCUGGAUUACAAUUUGAAAAUCCAUUUACAGGUCCAAAUGAAUUGAUUCAACAAGCAGUUUCACCUUUUAGAGGUUCUCAACCAUCACAAGGUUCUUCAAAUCAACCUGGACAGCAAUCAUCAAAUCCACAGAGACCAUCUGGAUCACAAUUUGAAAACCCACUUAGAGGUCCAAAUGAAUUGAUUCAACAAGCAGUUUCACCUUUUAGAGGUUCUCAACCAUCACAAGGUUCUUCAAAUCAACCUGGACAGCAAUCAUCAACAUCAUCAAAUCCACAAAGACCAUCUGGAUUACAAUUUGAAAAUCCAUUUACAGGUCCAAAUGAAUUGAUUCAACAAGCAGUUUCACCUUUUAGAGGUUCUCAACCGCCACAGGGUUCUUCAAAUCAACCUGGACAGCAAUCAUCAACAUCAUCAAAUCCACAAAGACCAUCUGGAUUACAAUUUGAAAAUCCAUUUACAGGUCCAAAUGAAUUGAUUCAACAAGCAGUUUCACGUUUCAGAGAUUCUCAACCAUCACAAGGUUCUUCAAAUCAACCUGGACAGCAAUCAUCAAAUCCCCAAAGACCAUCUGGAUUACAAUUUGAAAAUCCAUUUACAGGUCCAAAUGAAUUGAUUCAACAAGCAGUUUCACCUUUUAGAGGUUCUCAACCAUCACAAGGUUCUUCAAAUCAACCUGGACAGCAAUCAUCAACAUCAUCAAAUCCCCAAAGACCAUCUGGAUUACAAUUUGAAAGUCCAAUUACAGGUCCAAAUGAAUUGAUUCAACAAGCAGUUUCACCUUUUUCUCCAAGAGUUGGUAGUGUAGGUUCUUCAAAUCAACCUGGACAGCAAUCAUCAAAUCCCCAAAGACCAUCUGGAUCACAAUUUGAAAACCCACUUAGAGGUCCAAACGAAUUGAUUCAACAAGCAGUUUUACCUUUUAGAGGUUCUCAACCAUCACAAGGUUCUUCAAAUCAACCUGGACAGCAAUCAUCAAAUCCCCAAAGACCAUCUGGAUCACAAUUUGAAAACCCACUUUCAGGUCCAAAUGAAUUGAUUCAACAAGCAGUUUCACCUUUUAGAGGUUCUCAACCAUCACAAGGUUCUUCAAAUCAACCUGGACAGCAAACAUCAAAUCCACAGAGACCAUCUGGAUCACAAUUUGAAAACCCAUUUACAGGCACAAAUGAAUUGAUUCAACAAGCAGUUUCACCUUUUAGAGGUUCUCAACCAUCACAAGGUUCUUCAAAUCAACCUGGACAGCAAUCAUCAACAUCAUCAAAUCCACAAAGACCAUCUGGAUUACAAUUUGAAAAUCCAUUUACAGGUCCAAAUGAAUUGAUUCAACAAGCAGUUUCACCUUUUAGAGGUUCUCAACCAUCACAAGGUUCUUCAAAUCAACCUGGACAGCAAUCAUCAAAUCCCCAAAGACCAUCUGGAUCACAAUUUGAAAACCCACUUUCAGGUCCAAAUGAAUUGAUUCAACAAGCAGUUUCACGUUUCAGAGGUUCUCAACCAUCACAAGGUUCUUCAAAUCAACCUGGACAGCAAUCAUCAAAUCCCCAAAGACCAUCUGGAUUACAAUUUGAAAAUCCAUUUACAGGUCCAAAUGAAUUGAUUCAACAAGCAGUUUCACCUUUUAGAGGUUCUCAACCAUCACAAGGUUCUUCAAAUCAACCUGGACAGCAAUCAUCAAAUCCUCAGAGACCAUCUGGAUUACAAUUUGAAAAUCCAUUUACAGGUCCAAAUGAAUUGAUUCAACAAGCAGUUUCACGUUUCAGAGAUUCUCAACCAUCACAAGGUUCUUCAAAUCAACCUGGACAGCAAUCAUCAACAUCAUCAAAUCCCCAAAGACCAUCUGGAUUACAAUUGGAAAAUCCAUUUACAGGUCCAAAUGAAUUGAUUCAACAAGCAGUUUCAAGUUUUAGAGGUUCUCAGCCACCAACAACACAAGCUUUGUCUUUGGAUAGUGAAAAUCCUCUAAAAACCCAGAUCAAUAAUCAGAGUGAAUUUGCUCUUAUAAGAAAUAUAAAUGAUAGUGAAGAUCAACAAUCAACUUCAGGAAAUACAAGUGACGAUGAAGAAUAUAGACACAAAAAUUCAAAUAUUACACUAAGUCCAUUUAAAAAUGCAGUUUCGGAAGAAGUCUCCAAACCUCAGUUUCAUAGGAUACCAUUCCUUAUUCAAAUACCUUCUGAUGUAGUUUCUCUCCAAAACCAUGAAUCGUCACCAAAUAACUCAAAUAUCAAUCCAACAGCAACUGAAGGUGUUUCAUUACCUCAACUUCAUGGGGUAUUACGUAAUCAAGAAAUACCUUCUGAUAAAGUUUCUCAUCCUUAUAGUCAUAACUCUACAAUUGGUAACACAGAUCACAUUCCAACCUCCACCGAAGGAGUUUCACUCCCUCAUCUUCGAAUUUUGAAACCUUCAAUCCAGAUUAAUCCUUCUCAUUCGCUUCUUUCACCUUUUCAACAAGAUUACACAUACAAUAGUUUUGACACACCACAUUCCAAAUUUACUUCACCUAUUUCUUACGAAACCAACGAAAAUGGAUACCAACCAAAAGAAAUUGCUAAUGAACAAAAAGUAUUUAAUGAGCUUUCUGGAUACAAUGAUAAAAGCACUAAAGAUACAAUUUUUUCAAUUAUUCCAUCUGUCUCUCUUGAAAUUGAAUAUCAAAAGCAACAAGCUGAUAUCCAGCUUCCUAAUAAUUUGAAAGAUUCUACUGGAGAUUCAUCGCUUCAAAACAAACCUGUGACACAAAAUUUGAAAACUUUUAUCGUUUCCCAAGCACUACCUGAGGAAAUUAUAAACAAUAAGCAUUCGAAAGUUUCUUCAACAAAGUUUCCUUCAUCAACUAUGUUGACAGAACAAGAACAAAAUAGUAAUAAUAUCGAAGUUCCAAAACUUCCCCAUAUCCAGUCUAUAAAUUACGAAAAUAUAAAAACAAAUCAAAAUAAUUAUAAUUCUUCCAAUUUAAUUAUAGAUAUAGAAUCGAUAAAUGACAUUAUCAAUUCAAUACCAGACAAUUGA